AUGCAGCCUGCUUCAGCCUUUGUAGUGGUUUGUAGCAUUCUUGCAAUGCAUAUACCUUCUCCUGCAGAGAGUGCAGACGUUACCAACGGACUCGCAGACCAGCUCUUUCAGUUUCUUGAAACCCUUGAAAACGGUACAAUUUUGUAUACUAUAAAGCGCUCUUAUGAGAAAAAUAUUCAAGCUACUACAGGUACAAAAACUAUAACUUGCAUCGAGGCUACAGUAAUGUAUGCCGAAAAAAGUUCUGCAGGACUGUGCACGAUAUUUAAGACAAGAGAAGAAAAUGCUACGGCUCCCUUUGUGGCCACAUAUCAACGAACUGGCCCUGAAACAAUUCUAGGUGAACCUGGUAAGUACCUGUUGUCUCAGAAACAAAUAUAG